AUGAAUAGAAAAAGCAAUACAGUAACAAAAAUGAAUAAUAAUCCGACACAAGCCCAUUCUAAUUCAAUUGAUAUAAUUGAAGAAGAUAUAAAUCAUUCAAAAUCACCCCAACUUAAAACGAAACCUUCAUCUAUUCUUGUAUCUACUCAAUACUAUCAUAUACAAUCAACAAACUUAUCUAAUUCAAUUACAAACAAAAUGGCUCCAAAAGUUGCAAUCAUCAUUUACUCAUUAUACCAUCACAUUGCUCAAUUAGCAGAAGAAGAAAAAAAAGGAAUUGAAGCUGCUGGUGGUCAAGCUGAUAUUUACCAAGUUCCAGAAACUCUUAGUGAUGAUGUUUUGAAAGCUAUGCAUGCUCCUGCUAAACCAGAUUACCCAAUUGCCACUUUGGACACUUUGACUUCUUACGAUGCUUUCCUUUUUGGUAUUCCAACUAGAUUCGGUAACUACCCAGCUCAAUUCAAAGCGUUCUGGGAUGCUACUGGUGGAUUAUGGGCUAAAGGUGCUUUGUACGGUAAGAUUGCUGGUAUUUUUGUUUCUACUGGUACUCAAGGUGGUGGUCAAGAAACUACUGCUGUUAAUGCAUUAUCAGUAUUGGUUCAUCAUGGUAUUAUUUUCGUUCCAUUGGGUUAUGCCAAGGCUUUCCCAUUACAAUCCAACUUGGAAGAGAUCCAUGGUGGUUCUCCAUAUGGUGCUGGUACUUUUGCUGGUGGUGACGGUUCUAGACAACCAACCAACUUGGAAAAGGAAAUUGCUCAAAUUCAAGGUAAGUCAUUCUUUGAAACUGUGGAGAAAUACCACAAGUAG